AUGUCGUCUCCUUCUUCUUCUUCUUCUAACACAGUCUACUUCGUUUCUGGCGGAAACAGAGGAAUUGGUCUUGCUUUAGUCAAGAAUCUGUCUUCUAUCGCCGACUCGGUUGUUAUUACUACAGCUCGUGCUCCUGCUACAGCCUCUGAUCUCCAGGACUGGCAAAAAGUCCACUCCAAUGUCCAUGUUCUCAAAUAUGACGCUGCUGUUCAUAGCGAUGCCACUAACCUGGCAAGUCAAAUUGAGAAACUCGUUGGCGGAAUUGAUGUGUUUGUGGCUAAUUCGGGUAUUUCUGAAGAGCCCAUGACCGUGCUUGACACUCCUGUCGAGUCAUGGGCUCGAUUGUACGCCAUCAACACACUUGGUCCCAUUGUUCUUUUCAAGGCUCUGUAUCCACUUCUCGUCAAACGAGACACUCGUAAGGUUGUUUUCAUCAGCAGCGGACUCGGAUCUCAAAAGAACAUGUCGGAUGCAUUUGGCACCUCUUCCUACGGCCAGUCGAAAUCUGCACUCAACUUCACUGCCAAGGAAUUGAGUCUUGAGCUUGCUAAACAGAACUUCAUUGUCGUCCCUGUGCACCCUGGUCUCGUUAAUACCGACAUGGGCAGCGGAUAUGUCGAUAACUUGGGAAAGAAUUCUGGCGAGUUUGCCGACGUGCUCCGCUCCAACGUCAUGAUCUCCACCGACCAGAGCGCCGCUGGCAUCGCCAACGUUAUCACCACUCUCUCUACACAAGACAACGGCAUCUUCCUCUCCUACGACCGGUCUUCCCUCGAGUGGUAA